GCAAUGUUUUGUUUGGGCUGUCCAAAUUUCAGUUCCACAUGUUUUUAUGGUCCAAGAAAGCAUGAAAUAUCAUCAUCUCAAUAACAUCAGACACAAGUGGACAGAUAGAUGACGGUGACUGUUGAUCUCCAGCUGCCAAAUUGGACUUGCCAAAGAGGAAAUUUUAGACUAAACUUCUUUUCAUUAGUUCCGUUUCUUCUUCCUCUUUGUGUAGCAAAGUUUGGAGGAAAGCCAUGGCCACAGGAUUUGGGAUCUCUGCUGAAGCUCAGCAGUAUAAUGGUAGGAUCACCUGGUUUGUGGUGCUGUCAUCUAUGGUAGCUGCAACUGGAGGAAUCAUCUUUGGUUAUGACAUUGGGAUCUCAGGUGGAGUAACUUCUAUGGAACCAUUCUUGAAGAAAUUCUUUCCAGAAGUGUUUGAUAAAAUGAAACAUGACUCCAAGAUAAGCAACUACUGCAAAUUCGACAGCCAACUGCUGACAUCCUUCACCUCUUCCCUCUAUGUUGCUGGCCUCAUUGCUUCUUUCUUUGCUUCGCCAAUCACUAGAACCUUUGGCCGGAAGCCGUCAAUCCUGAUCGGGGGAACUGCAUUUCUCACUGGCGCUGCGCUCGGAGGCGCUGCUUAUAAUGUCUACAUGCUAAUAUUUGGCCGGGUUUUGCUUGGGGUGGGGGUUGGUUUUGCCAAUCAGUCUGUCCCUUUGUAUCUCUCAGAGAUGGCGCCGCCUCAAUUCAGGGGAGCUUUCAACAUUGGAUUCCAGUUUUGUGUUGGCAUUGGUGUUUUGUCAGCAAACCUAAUCAAUUAUGGGAGUGAAAAAAUCAAAGGUGGAUGGGGAUGGAGAAUAUCCCUGGCAAUGGCUGCUGUACCAGCUACUAUUCUCACAGUGGGUUCACUGUUUCUUCCAGAAACUCCAAAUAGUCUCAUUCAGCAUGGAAAUUCUGAAGAAAAGGCCAAAAAGAUGCUGCAGCGAAUCCGGGGCACCACGGAAGUUGAGGCCGAGCUAAAUGAUCUUGUCAAAGCUAGUGAAAUAUCAAAGACAGUGAAACACCCUUUCAAAAAUCUUCUGCAGAGAAGAUAUAGACCUCAGUUGGUCAUGUCAAUCAUGAUUCCAUUCUUCCAGCAGGUUACAGGAAUCAAUGUUAUCUCAUUCUAUGCUCCCAUUCUUUUUCGAACAAUCGGAUUAGGCGAGAGUGCAUCACUAAUGUCAGCAGUGGUUACUGGACUAGUCGGCACAAGCCUAACCUUCUUGUCACUGCUGAUAGUGGACAAACUCGGCCGAAAAACUCUAUUCAACAUUGGAGGAAUUCAGAUGUUUGUUGCACAGAUGAUGAUUGGAGCAAUAAUGGCGGUUAAGUUGAAGGAUCAUGGUGGCUUGAGCAAACCAUACAGCUACUUGAUUUUGAUCUUAAUCUGCAUAUACGUCGCGGGUUUCGCCUUGUCAUGGGGUCCUUUAGGAUGGUUGGUUACUAGUGAAAUAUUUCCUUUGGAAGUAAGGUCUGCUGCACAGAGUAUUAAUGUUGCUGUGGGAUUUCUGUUCACUUUUCUUGUCGCUCAGACAUUCUUAGCCAUGCUCUGCCGCUUCAAAUCUGGGAUAUUCUUCUUUUUUGGGGGAUGGGUUGCAAUAAUGACUGCAUUUGUGUAUCUUUUGUUGCCAGAAACGAAGAAUGUUCCCAUUGAGAAGAUGGAGGUAAUUUGGGGAGAGCAUUGGUUUUGGAAGAAAAUUGUGCAGGUGUAACCAAGAUUUUGCAUAUCCCGCAAAAUAUACUGGUUUUGGCUUGUCAUGGGAUCCCAAUCCAAAUGAAGAAAAUGAUUUGGAGAGAGUAUUUGUGCAAAGGAGAUUUGUUACAAAUUCUGAUAAGUAGUUGCUGAUGUCACUAUUUUGUGUAAUCAUCAGAAGUAAGGUAGGAGUAGAGUAGAGUAUCUCUUUUUGAGCAAAGGGAUAUUCACAAAACAGAAAUAAUUUAGUGAAGAAACCCAAAAUUUGUCUGGUUUGAAGUGAAUUUUACACUUCAUAAAAUCCUUUUCAUGAAAGAAACAUUUUUAGUAGUGUAGCUGAUUCCCAAACCCAAAACCCAAAGAAAAUUACAAAGUAUCUGGAAAAUUAUUUUUUCACUUAGAACUUCCUAAUAAUUCAACAAAUAAGAUUCUUAUUUUCAGACGGAAGAGUGAUUGGACCAUAACCCGGCACGUCUAACUUUCUGCUUUUUAUCAUUUUAGGAACUCAUAUAUCAAGUUUUCAACACGGCACUUGAGUCAAUUGUAUUCCAGAUCGCUAGGAGUAUAGUAAUUGGUGUGACCUUUAACAGAUAAAUCAAGAUGAUUAGUGAUCCUCCAUUGAGAAAAAGAAGUAACAGAGUGAUCCUACUUUUGUCAUCAUCUUUUGAUACCAACGUUUUGUGUUGUGAUGUCCAGAAUUCAGUUCCACGUAUUAUUAUAUAUAUAUUUUCCUAGACAAGGAAGCAUGAACUACAAAACAUCGGACACGAAAGUGCAUAUUUUUAGUCAACAGUAAUUUGUUGAUUUCCAGUUGCCAAAUUAGACCCGCUUCAGCAACCAAAAAAAUAAAUAAAAAAUUCCAAAAGGUAUCUCCUUUCAUCAGACCUCCCUUUCUCCAAUCUCUUCUUUUCACUAGAAGGAAGCCAUGGAAACUGGAUUCGGGACGUCUAAUGGGAGGAUUACCUGGUUUGUGGCGCUGUCAUCAAUGGUAGCUGCAACUGGCGGAAUUAUGUUUGGUUACGACAUUGGAAUGUCAGGUUCAUUUCUCUUGCAAGCAAAAUUAUAGUCUCUGUGUAGUGCUCUAACUCACCAUCAUAAGGAUUUUCAGUUUUAUGCAUAGUGCAGAAAGGAUUACUACUAUUAACGUUGUUCUGUUUAGGUGGAGUAACUUCUAUGGAACCAUUUUUGAAGAAAUUCUUCCCAGAAGUUUACAAUCAAAUGAAAGAUGACUCCAACAUAAGCAACUACUGCAAAUUCGAAAGCCAACUUCUCACAUUCUUCACCUCUUCCUUUUAUCUUGCUGGCCUCAUUGCUUCUCUCAUUGCUUCUUCAAUCACUCGAAUCUUUGGUCGGAAGACAUCAAUCCUCAUCGGAGGAACUGCAAAUCUAACUGGUGCUGUAUUCGGAAGCUCAGCUUAUAAUGUCCGCAUGCUAAUCCUUGGCCGGGUUUUGCUUGGCUUUGGUGUUGGUUUUGCCACCCAGGUUUAACAUACUUCACCUUUCCAUGAGUUUGGGGGGCACAUCAUUUGGCCAUUUUGGUUUUCUUACUUCUGCUUUUUUGCUUCUUCGCAGUCUGUCCCUUUGUAUCUCUCAGAAAUGGCGCCGCCUCGAUUCAGGGGUGCUUUCGGUUUUGGCUUCCAGUUUUGUUUUGGAAUCGGUGUUUUGUCAGCGAACCUAAUCAAUUAUGGCACGGUAAAGAUCAAAGCUGAAUGGGGCUGGAGAAUAUCCCUGGCUCUGGCUGCCGUACCAGCUACCGUUCUUACUUUGGGGGCACUUUUCCUUCCAGAAACUCCCAAUAGUCUGAUUGAGCAUCCUAAUGGUCAUGAAAAGGCCGAAAGGAUGCUGCGAAAAAUCCGAGGUACCACUGAAGUGGAAGCAGAACUAAAUGAUCUGAUCAAAGCUAGUGAAAUCUCAAAGACAGUAAAAAACUCUUUCAGGAUUCUUCUGCUUAAGAAAUACAGGCCUCAAUUGGUAAUGGCAAUCACGAUCCUGUUCUUCCAGCAGGUAACGGGAAUAAAUGUCAUCACAUUCUAUGUACCAAUUCUUUUUCGGACACUCGGUUCAGGAGACAGUCAAGGUCUUUUGUCAGCAGUGAUUAUUGGACUUGUAAGCACAAACCUGAACUUCUUAUCCCUAUUAAUAGUUGAUAAACUCGGCCGAAAAUCGCUGUUUAACAUUGGAGGAAUCCAGAUGUUUGUUACAGUAAUGAUGAUUGGAGCAAUAAUGGGAGCUAAGUUGGAGGAUGAGGGCGGCCUGAGCAAAUCAUACAGCUUUUUUAUUUUGAUCUUAAUCUGCAUGUACAUUGCGGGUUUCGCCUUAUCAUGGGGUCCUUUAGGAUGGUUGGUUACUAGUGAAAUAUUUGCUUUGGAAAUUAGGUCUGCUGCACAGAGUAUUGCUGUGGCAAUGGGAUUUCUCACUGUUUUUGUUAUUGGUCAGACAUUUUUAGUCACUCUCUGCCACUUCAAAUCCGGGAUAUUCUUCUUUUCCGGGGGAUGGGUUGCAAUAAUGACUGGGUUCGUGAACAUUUUUCUGCCCGAAACCAAGAACAUUCCCAUUGAGAAGAUGGAGAUCAUAUGGAGACAACACUGGUUCUGGAAGAAAUUUGUACAAAUGUAACCAAUAUGUUUUGCAUUUCCCAAUAUCUUUUUCUUUCUGUUGUCCCUUCUUGUGGGUGUGAAAAAUGCGGUAACAUUUUCAGACAAAUGGCUGUGUGAACUGUGAAGUUGAAAUCAUCAGCCGGAUAGGCCUGUUUAUUUUGAUACACUUUGCCUAGAAAGUUUCAGCUAGAGAUAAUGACACCAGAAUGUCCCCAGAUGAGCCAAAACGAUUUUGAAACUCCAUGUUUAUUACUCACUAUCAUUAUUAAAACUAUUUAAUGAUAUGUUAUAUUGUUUUCCCUCAACAAAAAUCAUUUGAAAUCUGGAGAUGCUUAGUAGUAUAUUAAAUAGAUUUAACUAAUUCUAAAAAAAAAAAAAUCAUUCUAACAUCUAUAAACAAUGGCAAAUUGGCGACUUUUUUCUGUUUCA